CUCUGCAGAGCCUUCCUGCCCUCCAGCUGAUCAACACUCCCACCCAACUUGUUGUCAUCUGCAAACUGACUGAGGGUACCCUUGAUCCCCUUGUCCAGGUCAUUGAUAAAGACAUUAAAUAGGACUGACUCCAGUACUGAGCCCUGGGGAACACCACUUGGGACUGGCCACCAGCUGGAUUUAACUCCAUUUCCUGCCACUCUCUGGGCCCAACCAUCCAGCCAUUUUUUUGUCCAAUGAACAGUGCACCUGUCCAAACCGUGAGCAGCCAAUUUUUCCAGGAGAACACUGUGGGAAACUGUGUCAAAAGGUUUUACUGAAGUCCAGGUCAACUUUGGUGAUUCAACAAUUAAUUCUGACAUUUUGGAAAGUGAGAGGGACCGCGUGUCUUCUUUUAAUAUUUUUAAAAGCUGAAGGUUUAGAUGAGUAUUUUUAGAUGGAUGCUGUCAAGAAGGAAGUCUUUUUACAUACCUGGUAGAAUAUGAAGAUUAAUAAAAUUACUUGGAUUUUAUAUCUCAUUUACAGAACUAUGCCUUGUACCAGCACUCUGCAUUUAAUGCAUCUUUGAAUAAGUUUCUUUUUAGGCUUCUAGUUUUGACUCUCAUCACUGCCAGACUCACAUUUUUAGCAGAGGGCAAACAGCAUCUGGUCAGUAUUUGAUUUUCACAAAUGUCAUUUAAGGAAAAAGUUAAUACAUUCAUUAGAACUAAAUUUUAUUAAAAUUGAUAAUAUUGUUAUGCAAGUAUUUCUUUAUAAAGCAUCUUUAUAAUGCUUUUCAUCAAAAUAGGAGUUAGUAAUACAGCUUUCAGCUUUUUGAGAGAUGCAGUCUGAUUAUUUCAUCUUGAUGUCAAUAAAGACUUGAGUGUGGAGGGUAGGUUACUUCACUAGACAAAGUUACAGGGAGCCAAUUAGUGUCAGGUUUUCAUCCAUUAAUAGUGUUGCUUGUGGAAAAGCCAAUUCAGAACUAUUUCUCAGAAAGAAACCUUUAAAUCUUUUGGAGUUUAGACUCUGACACUGGAAAUAGAAGGAUCUGUGCCAUCAGAAACACCCCAUGCUCUUACAGUAAGACUUGGAAUGGAAGCCAGGCACCUGCCAGAUGCUGUUGGUGACUGUUCUCCUCCCUGCCAGGUGAGGUGCUGCUGUCUCAGUGUCUGUCCUGUUUACUUAACACAGUUCAUACAGCUGUAGCUGAGUGCUCCUGUUGCCUUCCUUGGAGGAAUUUCUGGCUUUCUGAGAAUGUACCUGGCUUAUCUCCAUAUGUAAUGGUUCUAUUUGCUCCUUGUAUUUUGUGUACACAUCAGUCUCUUGCUUACUUCUGUGGAGGUUUUAUACACUUGGUUAACUUUGAGUAUGGGUUGGGUUUUUCUGGUUUUUUUACAAUAAAUCAAUACUUUCUGGUCAGAGCCUUUUUUUGUGUCAGAGUGGUCAUAUAGGUAACAUAAUGGGAAGCGUUUGUUCAAAUUUCAUGUGUAAAGUGAGCUUGUGUUGAUGAUUUCAACUAACUCAGCUGUCAAUAAAGAGUAAGAGUUUACUCUCCAAAGAAGUGUUGGAAAAUCACUGUUUCCUAUUCUGGAUGAGUUUGUUUUCAUCUCAGAGGGGUAAGGUGAAGGGACUGUGAAAUAAAAUGGUCUUCUGUUCAGAAGUUGCAGCUGCACAGAGCAAGGCUCUCAUGCUGAAGCUGUGGCCCCUAAACCAGCUGUCAGACAGCUGAGCACACACCACUGAUGGCUUGAGCCAGUCUGCACUGGAGCAGAUGAGCUGCAGCUCAUCCUUGGCUUUGUGGGUCACUGAUGGUGGAAGAAGGCCUUAAAAAGCAGAGGUGAAUAAAGGGGGCUUUGCCUGGAGCAGCUUUAAAUAGAAACUGUGGUGGUGGCGUUUGUUUUCUUUUUUUGAAAGAAAAAAGCAUCAUACCCUCCUCAAACAUUAUUUCACUAUUAAAAUCAUCAUCAAAACCUCUGGGGAAAUAAAUUUUAUUUCAGAUAAAUAUCUGCAUUUUCAAUCUGUUCCUUGAAAGGAGCCAAGUUUGCAGUUGUUCUACACGUCUAUAAACCUGAGGUCAAUGCUAGUAAAUAUUCUAUACAGGAGCAUGGCAAAACUCCUGAGGUGCAUCAUUGCACAUGUAAACUAAAAUAAUGUACUGUUCCUUCCCAGAAUAACUGCAUCUAUGAUUGUGCCUGAGCUGGGAAUUCACCUUAUCUGAUUUCUCAAUCUGACUUUCUCAGAUUGCAAAAUUGUGGAAUGUUUGUGGAAGGUAGAUUGCAUUUAUAUAUAUUUAGAAUUAAAGGGCAACCAGUAUGGGGUUGCUUUUUAUCUUAAUUACAUCAGAAUGUACAAACUCAGGAAACAGUCUCCGGGCACCCUUCAGUAUGUUGUUUCCCCAGUGUGCACACACAGCCAGAGUUUUCUUGCUGGGUCAGAAAGAAAUACCUCGUUCAGCCCCUUCUCCAUGCUCAGAGGCAGCUUUGUCUGUUUCUGUUGCGCAAGCAGCAGUUUUGGCUGCAGCUUGCUUCUGUGAGCUAGGGGUUGUGAUCUGGAGUGCAGGCCAAGAGGAUACGGGAAAGCAGAGCUCAGGCUAUUCCCUGCUGGAGCACAAAGCUAGAGCUUUAUCUUGGUUACCAUAGGGAGUUCACACAUUGUUGUCACUACUGCUGUCCUUGUUGGAGAGGAGUCCAGGGGAUACACUGCCAGAUCUUCUAAAGAUCCCCUCCAGCACCUACCAUCUGGGAAUUAUUCUUAUGUUUUGCUCUUUGCAGAAAAUGUUUGCUUGGAGAGAAUGUGAAACAUGGCAUAAGAUUCAGAUAUAUCCUCUAUAGUCCAAAACGCCUGAGCUCUUGUAGGAAAAAAUACCGUCAGUCAGUUUUGAAGGCAAUGCUCUGUUCUAGGUCCCAGGGCAAAAUGGCACAUGCCUGUACCCCACCUUACCCAAGUAAUUUUCCAGUUGUUUUUUUUUUUAAAACUGAAAAGGUGACAGGGCCACUUGCAGCCAGUAGAGAAGAAAUUUGAGCAACUCUGUACUGUAAGAGCAUAGGUUGCAACAUAAGUUGAGACUAGGAUGUGAACAGAGGUUGCAGCAAAACAUAGUUCCUGCAGUAACUGAGCUGUUGUUACAGAGGGAAGCACUGGGCUCAUGGAUGGCAGGGGACAAAAAUUAUGUGUCUGCUCCCUGCUUUUUGCAAGGUUCACUUGUCCAUUGGGCUGAACUUUAGAUUCUCAUUGCCCAUUGUUCCAUUCAGAGAUACAGAGUACUAUAGAGUAUCUGUUCUACCCCAGGCCGGCCUGUGCAAAAUGUAUCCUCUUAAGCUGAACUCCAGGCUGAAGUCCAAUGAUGCCCAAGGAAAGUUGCCUGACGGUACUUUAUUAGCUGUAUUACACCUCUUUCACCUCAUGCUUCUGCUCUGCAGCUCCAGCAGCAAAUUGUUUAAAGUGACAGAAUUGUGAACAGGGCAACUACCUGUAACUCUUCUGAGGAGAAGGUAAAAUGCUCUCUUAGACCUGUUAAAUCAUGUGUGAGACCACACAAAAGGGAGACUUUCUGCACCCUCUCUCUACAGUGCAACUGCACUCAAACCUGGAGCUUUCUGCUAGUUAACCAAGGGAAGCAAGCAGGCUCCUGAGCAGGGAGAGCACAGUGGGUACUCAAACUCUGAACCAUGUCACUAGGGCCUGACAGUUAAUAUAUGAAUUUUAAAAUCUAGCAGAGUUGUUGCUGUAUGGAUCUGAACUUCCCCUUAAGUAAAAUGUUUACUGCUGCAUCAAAAAAUCUGCUUAGUUUAAGCCCACCUAAGCCCCAAUGAGCUGGCAUUGCAGCAGGACGGCUGGAAGUCCCUUGGGAAGGAUCUGCAAAAGCAAUCCAAGGCAGGAUGAACCAUUCAGAGCCUCUUUAUGGUGUGUGUGUCUGUGCUAUCUUAGAGCAUUAUCAGCAGGGACGCAGGUGUAUGUGGUUUGCUUGGCAAUGGAGUUAAGAGCAACACUUCUCAUUUUCCAUUCCAUCAACUCUGGGAUUCAUGUGGUCAUCCCAGCAUGCAUGAGAAUUUCACUUAGCAGUUCCUGCAGCCCUUCUGGUAGCGCAGCUGACUGUUGCUUGUGCACAGACACAGACCUGACCUUGUGCUUCAUGCAGACAACCAGGCACCUUCCCUUCCAAGCUCUGUCCAGCACAAGGGUCAAAAAAAAUGUCACCUUUAAGUCAAGUGCAACAUUUCAAGCACACAGAACACUUCAGUCUUCAAGGCAGUUUCUCAGUCUGCUUGUUAUGAGGAGCAAAUAGUCCCAUGGACAGCUGAAGAAGCACCACAAACUGUCUAAAAAAUUGUGUAAGAGGAGCUAUGAACUUUCAGUAAGGACAAGGGCAGGUUUCCAAUAAUGAUUCUGUGUUUAAAGUGGGGGAGUAGUGGGGAAUUCCUAGCCAUGGGUGUAUCCUUUACAGUUUCCUCUUUUGAAGGAUUUGAAUUGCUUAUAAAUACCCUCUUUGAGUCUGAGAGCACACGAGACCAUCUCCACUUCCUUUGGCUUUGCCUUUCUGCAGUGGUGAGUGACAUUCUGAAUUUGUGAGCUAUAUGCAAUGUUUGGAGCUGGUAUUUGGGAACAGGACUAAUGCUUUAGCAUGUGGGGCUUCUCUGACAAGAGCAGCACAGAAUGCUAGAAUGCAAGUUUCUCAUGUGCAUCUGCCUCUGUUGUGGAGUCCUUAGCUGAGCUUGUGGUCUCACAGAGGAUACCACUCCUCAUAGGGGUAGAAGGGGGCCCUGGGCAGCUGCCCUGGCACAGCUGUGGGUGUCGUGGAUGCUAUGCCAGCAGUCUCUCAAAGGUGUUUCAGAACUGUUCAUUUCUGUCUCACAGCUCUGUCUCACACUUGGGCAAGUAACCAUGAGGCUCUGUGUCUGCCUCAUGUUGCUCUCCGUUGUUCUGUGUGUAAGUGCUGACAGAUUUGGACUGCGCAGAGCUGGACACUUUGUCCGGGAUGCAGCGGGAGGAGCAUGGGAUAUGUACAGAGCAUACCGGGACAUGCGUGAGGCAAAUUAUAAAGGUGCCGACAAAUACUUCCAUGCUCGUGGGAAUUACGACGCUGCCCGGAGAGGACCUGGUGGUGCCUGGGCAGCAAGAGUGAUCAGUAACGCCCGGGAGGGAUGGCAGAGCAGCGUGAGCGGCAGAGGCGCCGAGGACACCCGGGCGGACCAGGAGGCGAACAGGUGGGGGCGGAGCGGCGGGGACCCGAACCGCUACCGCCCCAAGGGGCUGCCCAGCAAGUACUAGGGCUGUCCCCCUGCUGCUCUAACACCUCCCUUUGCCUUUGUACAUCAUCAUCAUCAUCAUCAUGGCUAGGCUUCGCGAACGAAGAUUUGGGAAGGGUUCUACCCACAUUUGCUACAAGCGCGCUGGUGACUAAAAAGUCUUUCUUAGCUUUUGUACAGCCGAAUAAAGAAAUCCUUCUGAAAACUGUA